AUGUCGCGCUUGUCUGCAGGGUUUGCCGACUUCUUCCCAACCGCGCCAUCUGUUCUGUCACGAAAAUCUAAAUUAUCCGAGAGUCGUGCACGAAGCAGGUCACGGUCAGAGACCAGCAACGGACUCGCGCAACCAGUCACCAUUGCCACCCAGAGCGCUAUAUUAACACAUGAGAAAGACGGAGAUGAUAUGUGUGCGCUCCUCAUACCAAACGAUGCAUCUGCCAAGGAUAGCAAUCGUGCUAGUACUUUGACCUCUGCGGGCUCUGACCUCUCUGCUCAUGCAAUUGCGGCUGACUUGUCUACAAUGAAUGGAAAUGGAUUGCUACAACCAAAAUCCCUCACACGGUCGCCAUCGCGAUAUUUGUCGCAUAACGCUAACAGUCCACGUGAGGAUCAAACAUCCUUGUCCAGGUCUGCCAUCGAUGUUAAGCAUAAUGAGCUCGAAGGAGGUAGCACGGCGCUAAGUCGCUCCGAUGAUCCUACAGAAAUCCCCUCACCUGGAGUUCACGCUUCCCUACCUCGCGAACUAAAAGGCCGCAAGGUAUUUUACGACCCAGAGUUGGAUAAAAAACUUGGCACUACGGAUAAAAAGAAGAAGCUUGAGUACUCAGACUUCGUCCUAAGCGACAGAUCCUCAGUUCCGGCCGACCCUCGCCUUUCCAUUGUCAACUACACUCGCGGUUCGGCUAAUGCGCAGAAAGCACGGCUAAGAUCAUCGCCUUAUUCGAUACGUCACUGGCCUUUCGAUGCUGCAACAUCCAUAGGUCGCGCUGCCCCUUCGCAACUAGUCGUCACCGGAUUCGAUCCCCUCACACCGAUUGCUCAAAUAACUGCGCUGUUCUCAAGCUUCGGAGAGGUUGCCCAUAUCGAUAAUCGCACAGAUCCAGUUACGGGAAGGCCUCUCGGUAUCUGUCUUGUUAAAUUCAAAGAUACCGCUUCCUUCCACAGUCAAGGGCCAUUAUCGGCUUCGGCUGCUGCGAGACGUGCUUACUAUGAGUGCAAAAAGGAACAACGUAUCGGUACACGACGCAUUCGAGCAGAACUCGAUCGUGAAGGACUUUUGUGCCAGAGACUAGUGGACAAAGCUGUCGAGUCAUGGCGUAAAAGCAACCCGGCAUCACUGGAAUCAGGCCAUCGUGACACUCCUCCAAGAAAUAAUGAGCCUCCCCCUACCGCUCCAAAGGGGCCUUCUGGGCGCUCAUCGGCACGGCCAGCUUUUAACCCGCCAGAAGGCCCCAAGGCUGCUUCGAAGCCCGUCGUAUCACCAGCCAUUGAAGAAACACCUAUCCUGCAACAAAUCAAGCGAGACCCCUAUAUCUUUAUCGCCCACUGUUAUGUCCCAGUCCUGGGAUCCACAUUGCCUCACCUUCAAAAACGAUUAAGAACGUUUGACUGGAAAGCCGUUCGAUGCGAUAAGACUGGGUAUUAUAUCAUUUUUGAGAACUCCAGACGAGGCGAAGAAGAAACCAUGAGGUGUUACAAAAUGUGCCAUAUGACACCUCUAUUUACUUACAUCAUGAACAUGGAAAGUCAACCCUAUGGAAAUCCAAAUUAUGAGCGCAGUCCGAGCCCUGAACGAUUACAGGCAGAGCAGAAAGCUAGGGCUGAAGAGAAGAGGGUACUCAAAGAAGUCGAAUUAGAGGUUGAAGAAGAGAAACAGCAACGUGCCAGUGGCCUCGACCCAUCGAAAGAAGUCCUCAGUAUCGUCAUACACGAACUAAAGACGAAACUACUUGAAGACGUCAAGUUUCGCAUUGCCGGCCCCUUUCUUUACGAAUACCUUGAUCCAGAGAGGCAUUCGGAAAGAAGAAAGGCUCUAGGUAUUCAGGACCCCGAGGCAAGCAAGUCUAAUUCAUUUCAGCUUGGAUUACCGAACGAUUCAUUCCAUUCUCGUCCACUUGAUCUCUUGGCUCUUCCCCGCAUUCGCAAGUCAUAUCAUGACCAAGUCAAUGGUACAAAUUAUCUGGACGAAAGACGUGGGCAUAUACGACGACGAAGGGAUGUGCGACCGCUUCAUCAUCGUCUUCGCCAUCUCCAUGAAGCUGGAGACUCUGAUGAUGACAUGCGAACACCUAUGUCAAGGGACACAGACGAAAUGGGGAGCAGAUCGCCGAGCCAAAUGAGCUUCGACACGUCUGUCACAGAUACUGAGGAUGAUGCCUCCAACGUAUUUACCUCACGAAGUCCCUCUGUAGACCCUGAGGCUACUGACUAUGUCGACACGGCAGAUAUCAAUAGCGAGCAGCAUGAAGAUCUGGUGCUUCAGCAAGUUGACCCCGAUCUGUCCAAGAAGAGAAAGAGAACUAUCGAGGGGGGACUUGAUCCUCGAAAGCGACAUAAGGAAGCAUAUGAUAAUCCUAAUAUCGAUACUGUGACUCUUGAUGUUGACGCUCAACCUGGCUCCUUCGAUAUUGCCAGUAUCGACGAUGACUUGAUCCUACAGUCUGCAGAAACUAUACUUGUGGCGGAAGCAGAGGCGGGKAUCUACUCAAAACCAGAAGUUAAUCUUGAUGUCUCUUUUGAUCAACCACGACCUAGCGUCUUGGACGACGACGCGCUCGUUUUGGACCUGGAUGGCUGGCAAUCUCUGAUCAAGGAUGACGAGGACCUUGAUUUUCUCCGAGAAACUAUGUCAAAUACGUUACCAUCGAAGGUCAGUGAUAUCACCAUUUGGGCCUGGAAGCAGCGAGAAGCAAAGCUUUUGAAUCGGUUCGGGGAAACUGGCCCGGUCUUUACCCCGACAACUAUUCCUGGAUACUUUGUGCCCAACUCAACCGGCUCAGCUCGAACGGAAGGCAAGAAGAGAAUAUUUGAAGCAGAGAAGUCGAAGUAUCUACCUCAUCGGAUCAAAGUACAGAAAGCUCGAGAGGAGAGGGAGGCAUUGGCUCAGAGUGACCCUCAGUCUGUUCCAGUUGAAUCUGCAAAGGCCGGUCCAGCAAAGCCUGUGAACAAUUCUACAUCUAGAUCCACGAGAGUUCAGAACCGCCGACUCGCGGCUGAUAUCAACGCGCAGAAACAAGUCCUUCCACCCCAGGGUGGCGAUGGCGAUGCUUUACGCUUCAACCAACUCAAGAAGCGUAAAAAGCCCGUGAGAUUCGCGCGUUCGGCUAUCCAUAAUUGGGGAUUGUAUGCCGAGGAGAACAUCGCUGCCAAUGAUAUGAUUAUUGAAUACGUCGGCGAGAAAGUCAGACAGCAGGUGGCUGAUAUGAGAGAGAGAAGAUAUUUGAAAAGCGGUAUAGGAAGCAGUUAUCUUUUCCGAAUUGACGAGAAUGCGGUCAUUGACGCCACAAAACGUGGCGGUAUUGCGAGAUUUAUCAACCACAGCUGCACUCCUAACUGUACAGCAAAGAUCAUUCGGGUGGAUGGUAGUAAGCGAAUUGUAAUUUAUGCAUUGCGAGACAUCAGCAAAGAUGAAGAACUCACAUACGACUACAAGUUCGAAAGGGAAUGGGAUAGCGAGGACAGGAUACCCUGCUUAUGCGGAUCAGCAGGUUGCAAAGGAUUCCUCAAUUGA